AAUACACAUACGAUCUAAACACUUCUGCUCUUUAUAUUAAUUAUUACUUCGUAUUAAUUAUUCAUUAUUCAUACCGAAUUUCUCCAUUCUGGCUUUGAUUCUUUUUGCUGGAUUCCCAUAUCAAUAGUAUUCACUUCUGGUUAAAAGUUAAAACACUAGCUCUAUUUAAAUAAUCACAAAAUCGUCGCCACAGAAACGAAUUCAUUCUUCAGUCGGAAAUCUGCAGGGGGUGGUUGAUCGGGUAUUAAAGAGACCAUUCUCUCUAAUCAUCACUAUCAGCGCCUUCUUCUCGUCAGCUCAGCCAGACAGCCACAGCUUAUAAGAAAAAAGAGGCUUUCUUAAGUGUCUCGAUUGUGAAACAUCUGCGUGGAGGCACUUUUGGUAAGGUUCUAGCAAUGGGCGACCUUGCCGGUAGUCGCACUACUUGUGUUCUCUUCUGCGGGCCCCAUUUCCCCGCAUCUCACAAUUAUACAAGAGAAUACAUGAAAGGUUAUCCAUUUAUAAAGGUUGAUGAUGUUACCCUUGACAAUGUGCCUGCUGUGAUUGGAGACUAUGAUAUAUGUGUUGUAAAAAGCAUGAAACUAAAUUCUGAUCUCAUCUCUAGUGCAAAGAGGAUGAAACUUAUAAUGCAGUAUGGAGUUGGACUGGAAGGUGUUGACAUCAAUGCUGCCUCAAACCAUGGGAUUAAGGUUGCUAGAAUCCCUGGGGGUUUAACUGGAAAUGCAACUUCAUGUGCUGAAAUGGCCAUAUAUUUGAUAUUGGGCCUUUUGCGUAAACAGCACGAAAUGCAAACUGCUAUAGAGCAGAAAAGGCUUGGAGAACCAAUUGGUGAGACCCUCCUAGGAAAAACGGUCUUCAUUAUGGGAUAUGGCAAUAUUGGGAUUGAAUUGGCAAAACGAUUGAGACCAUUUGAUGUGAGAAUACUUGCUACGAAACGGAGUUGGCCAUCACAUUUGCAUAACUCUAAUGGGACAAAAUUACACAUAGCGAAUUGCAUUGAUGGUGACCUGGUAGACGAAAAGGGAAGCCAUGCUGAUAUUUUGAAAUUUGCUAGCAAAGCCGACAUUAUUGUCUGUUGCUUAACCAUGAAUGUGGAAACUGCUGGGAUAGUGAAUGAUGAUUUCUUAUCUUCAAUGAGAAAGGGUGCAAUGCUAGUUAAUAUAGCUCGGGGCAGACUCCUGGAUUAUGAUGCUGUUUUUAAUCAUUUGAAAAGUGGACACUUGGGAGGUUUAGGAAUGGAUGUUGCUUGGACUGAACCAUUUGAUCCUGAAAAUGCCAUUCUAAACUUUCCAAAUGUCAUUCUAACACCCCAUGUUGCAGGCGUCACUGAGUUGUCAUAUAGGAGCAUGGCCAAGAUUGUAGGAGAUGUUGUUCUUCAGCUUCAUGAAGGGUCACCAUUUACUGGGAUAGAAAUUGUGAAUUAGUAAAAUGUUUAGGACAGAUUCUUGCAUAGCUGCUUCCUUUUUUACUGGCAUAUGGCGAUGAAGCCCAGCAAAGACAUAAUAGUGGAUGAAUUCUAUGUUCAAGUAUUUGUUUUCUUUUUUGUUGUUGGUAAUGAAUUAAUGUAAAAACUGAUUAUCUGUUUUAAUUGAUGAAGUUUUCGCGUGAUCAUCAAACUCAUUUUCUGUUCUCUUUUGUGUUUACACAAUUACAGUUGGUUAAAUCCUUUUUGUACAUACCAUUAUAUUAG